AUGACCUCGAGUACGCGCAACUCCUCAUCACCUCCUGGAGAUUUCAGUCUGGGGCUCAACAGCCUAUCUGCCAGCGGAACUCUGAGCUCAACGAGUCCGUCGGCCUCAAGUGGCACAGGCCUCUCCUAUUCUGGAUCCUUGUCUUCGAGGUCCUCAUUCUCAGUGUCCGCUCUGACUACUACAAGUGCAAGCCUGCAAUCUCGCCCCUCGACAUCCAGUUUCAACAUUCUGGUGAUUUCGAGCACCACGAUCACUCUAUCGGUGCAGCCCGUAUCUUCUUCCAGCUCCACAUCAAUCAUCACCGUUAUAACUAUUAGUCCUAGUGAUGGGAGUGGCACCAGCAGCGCCAGCACACGUAGCGACGCGACUACUGCAGCUCCGCCGAGCAUCACCACCGCACCUGUCACGGUGGAAGGGUGUGGUACGGUCACGGGUGGCAGUGGCACAGUCAGUGGUUCCGGCACGGUUUAUCCUGCUCUGGCUCCAUUCUUCCCAGUGACCUCGGUGGGCAUCGCAAGCGGUAAUGCUCCGCUCGUUGUUGGGUGCGGUGUUUUGAUAGGCACUGGAACUUUUAUCGGCAGCGCCAGUAUCACAGGCUGCGGCGAAGGCAACGGCACAGCGACGCUCACCGGAUCUGGCACCGUCUGGCCCGCCAUUGCGGGCAGGGACCAAACAACCCUCUCUUUCACAUCCUCUGGCAUCAUCUCCGGCAGCGGGCGUGUUUCGGGCUGCGGUACUCUGACUGGCAGCGGCACCUUCACCAUCACCGAUGUCUACACCCCAAUUCCCACAGCCUCCCGCUCGACCGUCACUGUCGAAGUUUACGCCUCCUACUGCGGCCCAUCAGAGGAUAUCGGGGCCUUCGGCCUCAACCGCAUCGCCAGCAACGGCACCAGCGACCCCCUCUCCGACGUCGACGCCGCCGCCGCCGACAAAGACAGCACCAACCGGUUCCACAACGAUACCGUCACCUUUAGUUCAUCGCUUCGCAACGCCACGGACCCCUCGGCCAACAACAGCACUCAGAAAACGGACCCCAACCCCUCCUGCAUUGAGUGCCCCAACUCGGGCGGCAUCUGCUGCCCCUUCGACUACCCGUGCGACAGCGUGGGCAAGUGUCCCUGGGAGGGCAUCCUCGCCGCGGGCUACGUCCGCUUCGGCUACAACAUGGUCAUGGCGCGGAACCUGAGCGACGGCUCGCAGGUGUGGGAUGAGGGCGUCAGUCCUGAGGCGGCGGGCGUCGGGCGGGUUGAGGGCGGGGACGUGCCAGAGGAGGUUGCUGCGGCGAGGCAGAUGUAUGGAGGAGCAGCAGCAGCAGCAGCAGGAGGAGGAGUUGGGUUGGGAGGCGUUGGCAUGGGCGUGUUUGGGGGGAUGGGUCAGCGGGUGGCGCCGCAUCCCAUGGGUGGGGAUGUGGGCAGCGUGCUGGCGAAGAGGGACAAGGAGGCGAGGAGAGAAGAGGAGAGGCAUCGCGCGGACAUGCAGAGACGGGGGGUGGCGGAAGAGCCGCAUGAUUUCGUGGUGAGAGCCGAUGCUUAG